UGCAUGCUGUGCAUCACUCUGCGUGGAAGGAUACGAACGGACCGGAGAAUUCAGUUGUCUCAUUGCUGUACACAAACGAGCUGUGAUCAGCAAAAUGUUCUCAAACGGAAGUAAGGAUGACAGCCAACGCGUGAACGCAACGCCGCUUGCGACACAACCUCCAAAAGAGAAAGAGGCGGGAAGCGACAAAUGUUUAAUGAGUGAUCGGCGUGAAGUGGGCGUAACUUUGAGAAACACUAAACCAAAACCAAAAAAAGUUAGGAGUGCUAUUCCAAAGCACAGACAAGAGUUGUUAAAGUGGAAUGGUUGGGGUUACAAGGACUCCCAGUUUGUAGUUAAAGAUGGGAUAAUCCAUUUCACAGGAAACCGGUAUCCAAUAGGUGAUGUACCCCUUCCAUAUUUCACAGAAUGGGUAAAGGAUGUACUGGAUGUAAACCUUGAUCUCAAACGAGAAUCACAGUCUUUAAUAAGAGCCAAGGACUAUCCAGAGCCACAUUUGGAUAACGCAUUUCUUUCAGAAAUUCAAGAAUUAGGUAUCAGUCACUCAACAGAAGACGUGGAUCGUUUGAUAAGAGCUCAUGGGCACACUCUUCAUGAUAUUUAUGUUCUGAGAGCUGGAAAAUUUGACCGUAUACCUGACAUUGUUGUUUGGCCAGAAAGCCAUGAGGCUGUCGUGCAGUUAGUGGAACUAGCAAACAAGCACAAUGUUGUUAUAAUUCCAUUUGGCGGUGGAACAAGUGUGUCAGGAGCAGUUUCCUGUCCUAAUCAAGAACGGCGGACUAUUAUGUCAUUGGACACUUCACAAAUGAAUCGGAUACUGUGGCUGGACCGAAAUAAUUUACUUGUGUGUUGUGAAGCUGGUAUUAUUGGUCAAGACCUAGAGAGGGAGCUACAGUCACAAGGAUUCACUGCAGGGCAUGAACCUGACUCCUACGAAUUCUCAAGUUUAGGUGGAUGGGUUGCUACACGGGCGUCAGGAAUGAAAAAGAAUGUAUAUGGAAAUAUUGAAGACCUGCUUGUACAUGUAAAACUGGUUACCUCAAGAGGAGUUCUUGAAAAGAGUGGCCAGGUUCCCAGAAUGUCUUGUGGACCAGAUUUCAAUCAUGUUGUGUUAGGAUCUGAAGGAACUCUUGGUGUCAUCACUGAAGUUGUAAUUAAGAUAAGACCUCUCCCAGAGUGCAAAAGAUAUGGCUCUAUUGUGUUCCCAGAUUUUGAAUCUGGUGUAGCGUGCUUGAGGGAAAUUGCAUUGCAGCGGUGCCAGCCUGCUUCUGUCCGCCUAAUGGAUAAUGAACAAUUUAAAUUUGGUCAGUCAUUAAGGCAGCCCACGGGGUAUAUGGGACUGUUGCUUGAGGGUCUGAAGAAACUUUACAUCACUAAAAUAAAAGGAUUUGAUUUAGAUACCCUGUGUGUUGCUACACUGUUGUUUGAGGGUGACAGAAAAACUGUUGAAGCCCAAGAGAAAAGAAUAUAUGAAAUAGCAGAUCAUUUUGGAGGAGUACCUGCAGGAGAAAAGAAUGGUGAAAGAGGAUACAUGUUGACGUUUGUGAUAGCCUAUAUCCGAGAUCUUGGGCUAGAAUACAAUGUAGUUGCAGAAUCGUUUGAAACAUCUGUUCCUUGGGAUCGAACAUUAUCAUUAUGCAAUAAUGUGAAACAUCGUCUGUCUCAAGAAUGUCAAGAUCAUGGAAUUAAAAAGUUCCUGAUAUCGUGCCGUGUUACCCAGACAUAUGAUGCAGGCUGCUGUGUGUAUUUUUACUUUGGUUUCAGCAGCAAAGGACUUGCAGAUCCUCUUGCAACAUAUGAGUUACUCGAAGAGCAUGCAAGAGAUGAAAUCCUGGCUUCUGGGGGCAGUAUAUCACAUCACCAUGGUGUUGGCAAACUACGUGCUAAAUGGUUUCUUCAUCAGGUGUCAGAGACUGGUGUUGAACUGUACCAAGCAACCAAAAAAGAACUUGACCCUAAGAAUAUAUUUGCAAAUGGUAAUUUAACUUUCCGCAGCAAACUUUGAAGCACAAAGUAUGCUGAGAUUUGUCAGUAUCUGAUGAUGUGAAGUUGUGGUCUUGCUAUGUUUACUGAUAAGACUAGUCAAUGUAAUGUUAUUGAAAUGGUAAAAGACAGUAAGUUUGUGUUAUGCAAAGUUUUACAGAGAGACUGUGUGUGUGUGUGUGUGUGUGUGUGUGUGUGUGUGUGAGAGAGAGAGAGAGAGAGAGAGAGAGAGAGAGAGAGAGAGAGAGAGAGAGAGACAUUAGAUAAUGUGUAUACUGCUGAAUGUAAAUCACUUGCUGCUUUUGUAUUAUUAAUCAAUUGUUUAGCUAUUUUAAAGGAACAUUUUUGGCAAUUGCACUGGCCAGAGUUAAAAUACUGGCAAGUACUGUGCUGUUUUUCUUAAAAGGUCACUCCUUUUGCAAUACAUGAAGAAUAGUUAAUUAACUAAUACAUUCAAGUUUGAAUAGAAUUCACUUCUUACCUGAUGGGUAAAAGGAAUUCGUGUAACAUGUUUCCAAUACAGAAUUCCACCUGUAUUUUAAAAGCAGCCUCCCAAGUUUAACUUAGCUGAAAACCAUAAUACGUGCCAAUGAUACUGUUUGACAUGAGUAUUUUUGGAACUGAACUGAUAAUGCAGUUGUACUUUCUGAAAAUGGAAAACUGCCUAAAGAACUCUUUUUGCUUUGGUUGUAUUUAUAAUUUCUAGCAAACACAAAACCAAUUUCUUGUUUGGAACUAGUGCAGCAACUCAUAGAGGUCAAGUGUGGGCUGUAAUUAUCUUUUUGCAAUGAAACUUGGUAGACAUUCUAAUGCAUUAAUGUGGAAGCGAUUUGCACUGGAGAAAAAUUAGUUCCAAAUGGCAACCAGUUGCUAGUCUGGUGCUGUGAAUGCAAGAAAGACAUAUACAGGUGGACUAGAAAUGGGAUGUGGUCAGAAAAGGUCAAACAAGUGAGAAAGGCAUAGUGUUGAUUUUAUUAUUAACUGCCACUUACACAAUUUGUUCAAUGUGAGCUCUGGAGAUGUCGAUGAGAUGCCUGGAGACGCCGAUGAGAUGCAGAUACGCACCUAGUGGCCAAAAUUGGAACUAAUUUUUUCCCAGCAUAAAUUGGUUCUGCACUAACACAUUAGCAUAUCUAUCAAGUUUCUCUGCCAUACAGUAGUUAUAGCCCGCACUGGACAUCCAGUAAUGGCACUUUAAUAAUAACCACCUGGUGGUUGUUGAAAUUAAUUAACUUGUGUUCCAGAUUAGUGAUAGUGAUGAAAGGCGAUGGAAUGAGAGGCAGGUGGGUGUAGAAAUUGCAUUAUCAUCGCAAUUAUUUUUUGUCUCUUGCUCAGUACUACAUAUUUAUGUGAGGCAGUUCCUUUCCCAAUCUUCUGCCCCCAUCUUACACACAAAGAAAAUGUAACAGCAUUUAUGAGGUGUUUUUGAAGCUUUAAAAUGGUUAAUUCUUCAUGUUCGAGGCAGGAGGGUGUGUAGAAGAGUAAUAUGAAAUAGAAAAUUACAACCAAAGCAGUGCAAAGGGCUAUUAGAUAGUUGGAAAUUAUGGUCCCAUCUUCUAAGGGGUUCUGAAGAAAAAAGAAACGUUCUUAUCAUGAAAGGCAAUAUUUCCCUCACGUAGCUUUACCACUCCAGGGUCUCUUUGAUGUGGUGUAAUUACCUUUUCCUGUCAUGACAACUAGCUUACCCAUCCACUAAUGUAGGCAGUUCCAAUCCUCAGGUGAUAAAGAUUCUUUUUAAUAGAUCAUCAGCGAAAGGUAACUUCUUAGAGCCACUCCCCAUCAUUCAUGUCACGAUGUAAACAAUUAUCACACUAAAAGAAUUAGUCCUUAUUUGAAAUGAAGUGGUAGCAGAACCACACCACAUGCAAGAAAGGUGGUUGAGUGGCAGCAGGUUGCCACUCAACAAUCUUCCUGCAUGUGGCGAAGGAAAUAAGGACUAACACUUUUAGCGUGCUAUUUGUUUACAACAUGACAUGAAUGAUUGGGAGUGGCUCUUAAGCAUUCACCUAUUAGCUUGUUGUGUGCAUGCGCAAACUGUUUGAUCGCCCCUUGCCCGUGUGCACGCAGAAUAUGAUACAUGUGUUAUGGCCUGGCUGCAAGACUACCUCUGCAUCUAUUGUUUGCCCACAUGGGUCCAGCAGCGACUCAGGUAGGCGUGUAUGCUGGAGCAGCCUACACUAAAGGAUCAAUUAGUGUUUAAUACAUAAGCUGACUUCCAGUGCAGUUAGCUUACACAUAUCACUUGUAGGAAGUAUUGCCAGAAUUGAUGCUCAUCUUUACAAAAAAGACAGUGUGGAUGGAAUGGAAACAUGAAUCUGUGAUUUUUUAGUCAGAGGUU